AUGCUCUACAAUCGUAACUUCAUCCAUGCACUUGUCGCAUUGUCUGGAAUUACCGCCCCCGUUCUAGCUGGCCAUGUGAAAAUAGAUUUUCGAAAGAGUGGUACAUCGACGGCAGUCUCGCGACGAGACGCAUUUGCUCUAGCAGUAUCUGAAUCUCCUGAUCGAUCGUUAUACGCUGUCCACCUCGAGAUCGGAACACCUCCUCAACCCUUUGAACUUCAACUUGAUACUGGCAGCAGCGACCUUUGGGUUCCCUCGGUUGGAGCAGAAGCAUGCCAGAGAUCUUCCAGCGGCUGGUACAUCAUUUUGAAUCGUUUCGGGUCCACAAGACUAAUGAACGUCAGUCCUGGGGGUGCGUUCAACCCCAAUAGCUCUUCUACCUGCAGCAUUGAUGCCAAAGACUUCGCCAUCAGCUAUGGGGACGGGACUAAAGAUUCUGGGUACUACUUUACAGAUGUGGUGAAGCUGGGACAGAACACGGUUCAGAAUUUCUCAGUGGGACUCGCAACUACAACAGCUGAUGGGCCACAAGUCAACAAUAGUGGGCAGGGCAUACUCGGGGUCUCGUAUCGGCAAGACGAAACGGCUGUCGAUAACGGGCUACAAACCACUCCCACUAUCUAUGAAACCAUGGUAGAUCAAGGGCUGAUCGACAGAUCUGCGUAUAGUCUUUACCUGGACGACGCUGAGAUUGGAAUAGGCUCGAUUCUCUUCGGUGGCAUUGAUCCCGGCAAAUACAAGGGUGAGCUGGUUGUUCUACCGCUACAGCAUUUGAAUGGAGCCCCCCCUGCAUUUUGGGUAGCUCUCACGAACAUCUCGUUUAGCGAUGGUGAAAACACCUACCCACUGACGGGAGAUGGCUUCCGUGGCGACCUUGCGCUCCUCGAUAGUGGUACAACGCUUACAAAACUACCGAACGAGGCCUUUAACAACCUUAUCCAAGGUUUAGGAGCCGUUUUAGGCGACAGGACGGAAGGGAAUGCGGUCGUUCCAUGUUCCCUAAGAGAUGACGACAAGACAAGCCUUUAUUUCCAGCUUGGAGGGGCUGAUGGCCCAUCGAUGGCAGUACCCUUAUCAGCUAUCAUCGAUUCGAAAGUUCUUGGGACUGUUGACGGAACAAAUUUCUGCCUCCUGAGCGUGGGCCCAUCCCUCGAAGGGCAGACGAUCUUGGGCGACUCCUUCCUACGUUCCUUCUACGUCGUCUACGAUAUCACCAACAAUCAAGUCGCGAUAGCAACCGCAGUCCUCAAUUCGACAGGUACCUCCAGUAUCACCAACAUUCCCACCGGUACGAGCAUUCCAGGCGCAACCAGCACGGCGACAUUCAUGUUACCGACGACCACUCCAAAUGUCACUAGCACCAUAGCCCCUGUCACAUCAUAUGCUGGACCAAGCUCAGCAACCUUCAGCCUUAGCGCCUUCUCAACUUCAAACAUCGCGUCAACCUCGACUACCGCCCGUCCUUCCUCAAACCAAGCCUCAUCCCGUAGUACCUCGGGUUAUGGAACUUUGUUGGGUUCGCUACUUUGUUUAUUCUUAGUAGCAUAGGUGGAUUCUGCAAGAACAGGUGUACGUAGACUAGUGUCGAGGUUACUACGGCUGUCUUCGAGGUAUGUGGUUGUUGUAACCUCUUGUUGUAACCUUUGACAUCCCAGAUUAAAAGGAAGAUAGCACGCUACUGCACUAUGUCAG